UCGAAACUUUUCUUGAUUACGGUCGGGCCACGUCAGCCAAGUGACAACAUUGCGGACAAAACUGCUUCUCUUAACCGGCAAUAUUAAUCAAAUCUUUAAUUAGUUUGAUAUCAUAGAUUUUCAUCUGUCCACUAUUCUCACAAGGCUAAAAAAUGAAAGUCAAGGAAGUUGAACAGACUGCUAAUAUAGCAUGGUCUCCUGCUUCACAAUAUCCAAUAUAUCUGGCUACCGGUACAGCAGCUCAACAGCUUGACGCCUCGUUCAGCACCACUUCACAGAUAGAUCUGUAUUCUUUGGAUCUAAAUGAACCUGGUCUGGGUAUGGGAUUAAAAGCAUCCAUAUCCACCAAACAAAGGUUUCACAAGCUUGUGUGGGGUUCACAGGGAAUCAGCAGUGGUGAAAACCCCGGUGGUGUUAUAGUUGGUGGUGCAGACCAGGGUCACAUCCUGUUAUUUGAUGCAGAAAAGUUAUUGCUGGGCAAAAAUGAUGAAACCGGCGGAUACUUGUUAGCGGAUAGCAAAAAACAUAGUGGAGCCGUCAAGGCUCUCGAUUUCAAUCCGUUUCAGCUUAACUUACUUGCGUCGGGAGCAGCACAGUCAGAAAUUUACAUCUGGGAUUUGAAUAGCCCUGCUGCUCCAAUGACUCCUGGUACGCUUUCUCAGCCACCCGAUGAUGUUACGUGCCUUGCUUGGAAUAGACAAGUGCAGCAUAUUUUGGCAUCAACUUUUGCUACGCGCUGUGUUGUAUGGGAUUUGAGGAAGAAUGAACCCAUUAUUAAAGUUAGUGACAGUACUUCAAGAAUGCGUUGUAAGGCGGUUGCUUGGCAUCCCAAGGUUGCCACCCAACUUUGCCUAGCAUCCGAAGAAGAUCAAUUACCUGUUAUUCAAUUGUGGGAUCUGAGACAAGCGACAGCUCCUGUGAAUACGUUUGAGGGUCAUCAGAGGGGUAUUCUGGCUAUGGAUUGGUGCCCACAGGACCCUGAUCUACUGCUAAGCUGUGGAAAGGACAACAGAGUGCUUAUUUGGAAUCCUAAUAGUCCAGUACCUCGUGGCGAACUACUUUGUGAGCUGAGUACGAGCAGCCAAUGGUGUUUCGACACGGCAUGGUGUCCACGAAAUCCUUCCUGCAUCGCCACAGCCAGUUUUGACGGCCAUGUACGAGUUCACUCGAUCAUGGGAGGCCGAGAAACAGCUGUUCAGCCUCCAGUCAAUAUGAUUGCCGAUUCUUUUCCUGGAAUGGAAUCCGCGCCAGCUUUACAAGCACCACAACAGCAGAUUGUCAUCCAUGAACAACUUAGGAAAGCACCCAAGUGGAUCCGCCCCAUCUGUGGCGCUUCUUUCGCUUUUGGCGGAAAGUUGGUCACUUUUGGCUUGGAUGCAGCCGGAUCUGCACCGAGCGCCACGCCCCAAGUGCAUAUUAGCCAAGUUGUUACCGAAAAUGAGCUAACGCUGCGUUCUAAGGAGUUAGAAAGUGCAUUGAGCACCGGCAAUUUGGCGGAGUUUUGCGUCAAAAAAAUUGAAUCUAGUGAGGAACACAAGGAAGCCUGGAACUUCCUAGCAGCCAAUUUUAGCCCGGCGCCGCGACAGCAGCUAUUGCAUCUAUUAAACUACGAACCGCAUAGUAUUUCUGAGGUUGGUGUGGCCGAUUCAUUCGAUGGUCUAGGAGUGUCGGACACAUUCGAUUCCAUCGCAGCCGAAGUGAAAACCUUCACAAUUCCAACCGACCAAUCUGUAGACGGCAAGAUUAGUAAGGCCUUAAUAACUGGGAACCUUGCUGCAGCCGUGGAGCUUUGCUUCAACGACAAACGAUACGCAGAUGCCAUUGUGUUAGCAAUGACUGGACCACCCGAAUUACUGACAGCUACGAGGGACCGCUAUUUCCGUUUAAUGCAGGGUGACGUGCCACGUCUAAUCCAAGCCGUUGUUACCCGUGACUGGGAAAAGAUAGUUCAACAUUGCGACAUGGGCAACUGGAAAGAAGCUUUAGCGGCUACGCUGACCUAUGCGGAAGACGCGCAAUUCGCAAACCUCUGCCAAACGAUCGGCCAGAGGCUCGAAGCCGAAAUGGGUGCCACAAACGAAGCUGUUCUUUGUUACAUUUGUGCUGGCAACAUGGAGAAAGUAGUCGACUGCUGGCUGCGAGUCGCCGAUGAUUCAACCACAUCUCUACAAGAGAUGGUAGAACAAGUUAUGGUUCUUCGUCAGGCUCAGCAGCAUUGGGGUCGUCAGCCGGUGGCUGUUAACUCGGGACAUCUUACCCAGCAACUAUGUCGUUAUGCUGGGCUCUUGGCCGGACAGGGCAGCCUGGAAGCUGCUCUUACUUAUCUUGAUAUGUCACAGGAUGAUUCGAUGGUAGAAUUGAAAGACAGACUGAAACGUUCAUUGAAUCCUAACGAACGCAAGGUUUCAACCGGAAUGGCCAACGGUGCUUACAAUUUCGCUUCGCACCAGCAAAAGGCUGGGCCAGCGCAGCGAUACCCUUCAGUUGGAUUAAACAGAUCUUCUACUCCCACAAACAGUUACUAUGGUCAUCAGGAUCAAUUCAGUUCAGCGCCUGCAAUGCCAUCCUAUCCUCCGAAACCUACAACUCCAUUUCAAAGCAAUAGCUGGGCCCCACCAACCAACACUUUCAACUCACCACAAGCGGCGCCCUCUAUGCCACCAAUGCUGAGUACACCGGCUCCACCUCCAGCUGCUCAGCCGUUGCAACAGUUUUAUCAGCCUCUGAGCUCGCAGCCUCUGAAUGCUCAACCUUCGCCGCAGUUCCAUCAGCCCACGCCACCACCACCACCUGCAUCAUCAGUUGCACCGCCCCCAACAACAGGAAACGUGUCGCGUUUGGGAUCUCUAAAUCAACGCAAUAGGGUGUACGUCCAGGAUCCUAGCGUUUCAAGUGGUCGUCCUGGUGGAUAUUACAAUUCGGCAUCAAAUUCACAAUUCCAGCAAGUUAACCAAAUGGGUUACAUGCAACAGCAACCGCAAUCCAACUCGGCCAUGUUCCAACCCAGUGGUCAGUUUACCAGUCCGUCACCAUAUGCGCAACAAGGCAAUUUUCCUGGAAAUCAAUUCAAUCAGCCUAUUCCGCCCUCUCCUGGAUCAUUCCAGCUUCAAAGCGGACAGUUGGCCAAUGGCAUUGGAAUGGAUAAUGUACAACAACCUACUUCUCUUUACACGCCAUUGGACCACGUUCAAGCGCCACAGCAACAAAGCGCGUUCAUGCAGCCAUCAACAUUCGAUGCUCCUCCUUCAAUAACUCCUCCACCGGCUUCUAAUCUCAUGUCAUCUGUGCCCCUUCUUCCGGCCACUAGCGCACCUCCUGGUUGGAAUGAUCCACCUCCUCUAACCUCGUUUGCGAAAGUGAAAGCUGAGCCAACAACUGUAGAAACCAUAAAUCACCCCAUGGGUAUAGUUGAACAACCGGCUGUUCCCAUCAUUCAGCCGUUCGACGGAUUAUACAAUCCAGGAAUGACUUCUCCUGUGGAACCCACUCAAAACCAAAGCUACGCUCCCGAGCCAAUUCCUGUCCAGCCAGCUCAAGCUUUGCUGCCGAUUCCAAACGAACACCAAAUUAUUCACGAUGUAUUCCACACAUUAAAAAACAAAUGCGCUGCGCUAGCCACAAAUGCGCAACUGAAGAGAAAGCUAGAUGAUGUUGGGAAGAAGCUGGAGUGCCUGGAUGAUCUUUUGCGCAAAAAUAUGCUGUUGAGCCCUACCCUCUUAGGCUUACACCAGAUUGUGCAAGCUGUUCAGGCGUUCGAUUACGCGACCAGUUUGAGUUUACACUCCCAGGUGGUGGUCAAUACGCCCUUCACUGAAAUCGGAUCGUUUAUAUCUGGUUUGAAAGUGCUUCUCCAGAUGGCUCAGCAGCUGGGAGUCCAAUAUCAAUAGCAACACUGGAGAAACCAGAAACGUUUUUCUAUGAGAUAAGAUGUGUAGCGUUUGAUUUCUGCCUGCAAGUUAGGCAGAAAAGUUGGCUUCGUGGCUUCGCACCUCGUUUCAUUUGAUGUGUGUAGUUAAUAGCCUUUUUCUUUUUUUUUCUUUAAUCAGAGAAUUCAUUAAAAUCUAUGCUAUUUA